AUGGGUGACAUCCACGAGGUGCCGCGGCCGCGCAUCGCCACGGGACAGCUGGCGCAGCACAUCGGGCGGCCCGUGUGCUUCGUGGGGCGCGUCGAGAAGAUUCACCCUAGCGGGAAGCUUGUCGUGCUUACGGAUGGACUCGGAAAGCAUACGACUGUGGAGCUGAGCGAGCCUCUGGAUGAGGAGAUUUCAGGAGUUAUUGAAGUGGUGGGAAGAGUAACAAAUCAGGCAACCAUCAUGUGUGCAUCUUAUGUCCAGUUCAGAGAAGAUAAAAAUUCAUUUGAUCUGGAACUCUACAAUGAAGCACUAAAAAUUAUUCAUGAAUUCCCUGAAUACUUCCCAUUUGGUACUGGGAGGAACACUUGAUUUUUAUUCGCAUAUAUUUAGACCUUCAGAGGAGACAACCGUACUGUGGUUUCUUGCCUGACAGCAUGGUAACAGUUGCAUUAUUUUCAACAAAUAUAUGAAAAGCCACUGUUACAUGUGCUAAGUAUUGCCUAUGAAGAGUACUUUCUUUGAAAAUGUAUUUAUUUAACAAGGAGAACAAAUGUGAAUGUCUCAUUCGCUGUAUAUAUUUAACCCUUUUGCAUCUAUAAGGAGUGUUCUCCUGCAAGACCAGACUUGUCAGAAAUUUUGUAAGCAUCCUUUUCUAGUUGGUAGAGGUUCUAGGAUUAUGAGAAACUUGUAUGGGAAAAAAUUGGUGGGGUUUCAAUAUAAAGAUCUUUGAUUUAAUUUGAUGUAAAUUUAUUGAAUGGUGGUAUUUUUCAUCUUGAAAAUGGCGUCUUCACCAAUAAAAAAGAUUCACUGCAUUUAACUAUUCACGUCAGCAUUAAAUUAUAGAGUGCUGUUUUCAGUGAUAUCUGACACAGUUAAAUUUAACAAAGUAGAAUACACGGGUCUAGCCUUUGCACUGAUGCUAAACACUUGGAAGAUGUUUAAUUAGGCUUGGGGACUUUGAGCACAGUUGAAAUCCCAUCACAGCCUUCAUUCGUGAUUGGAGUCUAAGCAGCAGUACCAGGAUUCAGCCAGCUUGUCAUGGUGAUUAACCAUAGGAACUUCCAAAGGUCUCCAUUUUUGUUACUAUCCAGGCUACUUAAAACACUUAGCAAAAUUUUUGCAUCAAUUGAGGUAACACAUUUAAAGUAGAAUUGAACUUUGGAAGUAUUCUCUUGGAAUGAAUGAAGUAUUUCAAGGUAUUUUAAGUAAACCAUAGCCAUAUUCAUUAAACUUUUGUACAAACAGGUUUCAGGUUUAGCAGUUAGACUUAGUGCCUUAAUAAGACUGCUAGCUUUGUGCUUAUUUAUGGACAUCUCCUUUUUCAGCCAAGGAAUAUGUUUCAAAAACUGACACUUUGAACUCGCUACAAAUUGGAGGGAUGAUCACCCUAAGAGAUGAACUAUUUUCUUCUCCCUCCCCACCUAGAAGACAGAUAAUGAUACACUGGGAAGGAUGUCUUCUGAAGUAGGAAGCAGUCUUGUACAGCAAACAGAACACAAGGUCCCUGUGGCACAGUAUCCUGCCCUGUCUAUCACCAGUCUCUUUAAGUGCUCAGUAGAACCAAAUGUCAUUCUUAAUAAUUGCACGUAUGUUUUCCUAGCAUUUAAACUAUUUUGUUCUAUUCUGCUUUAAAAAA